AUGGCAUCUGAUGCAAGCAAACCGACUCCGGCUGGCAGGAAUCUGGGACGUUUCCCGCAUGAAAUCCCAACAAACAGUCUUAUUCCGCUUGAAAUAUGGAAGGCCUCACCAACUACUAUCGAUGACAACGAGAAAGCACGCAGGAAUAUCAAUUGCGAUGGUUUGGGUCUUACACUGUUGGGAGGAAUCAUGCGAGGAUUUCACUACGACAAAAACGCCUGCGCUGCAUCGAUUCUAGUGACCGUCUAUCUACCCAUGCUUUCUAAGCAAAACGUGCUCUUUUCUCGACAAGUGAUGUACACAAAAUCUUUGCCCUUGGAGGGCAACACAAGCUUCGCAUUUGUUCGUCUCACCCCUCCGCCUGACGAGCUCCAAUCUGAACUCGUUCCAAACUUGCCGCCGGGAUAUCACUGUCAUCCUGGUAUCGAUUUUUAG